AUGGGAUUUAAUCCAUUUCCGAAUCUCUUGGUUCUCCUGUCCGUCGUCGUGUUCGCCGAUCGUUUUUCCUCCGCUUAUGGGAGAUCUAAUGAUACGAAAACUCCUGCUAUCACCCCUAUCGAUCACGAUCUUUACCAUACCAGCGGGGCUUUACUGGAGGAAAUCGAAUCAUUGGUCCAUCGACACUCGGAUAUCCUUUCAAUUGAGAAAAUUACUCGUAAAAAUAAAGGAUAUGAGGCAGAGAUGUGUGUGGUUACUUAUUCCCGUGAUAUGAAAGGGAGUGAUGACAGACCCAAGCUUAGGAUUCUGCUAACUUUUGGACAGCAUGCUAGAGAGCUUAUUACAACUGAGCUAGCAUUAAGGAUCCUUUCUAUUCUGAGCGAAGAGGAAUUUUUGCCCAAUGUGGACCGAUCUUAUUUGAAUAGAACACUUGAUAGGCUUGUUAUAAAGAUUGUACCCCUGGAAAAUUUGAAUGGCCGCAAACUUGUUGAAGAUGGAGAGCUUUGCGAGAGGAGAAAUGGAAGGGGUGUUGAUCUCAACCGGAAUUGGAGUGUGGAUUGGGGCAAAAAAGAGAAGGAUUAUGAUCCAUUCGAAGAAAGACCUGGAACUGCUCCUUUCAGCGAGCCUGAGACUCAGAUAAUGAGAAAAUUGGCUAUUUCAUUUGAACCACACAUUUGGGUUAAUGUGCACUCUGGGAUGGAGGCUUUGUUCAUGCCGUACGAUCACAAGAACACCACCCCUCCCGGAAUACCAUCUCAGAUAAUGAAAUCAGUGCUUGAAGACUUGAACCAUUUUCACCUCAAAGAUCAAUGCUUAAUUGGGUCUGGUGGAGGCUCUGUGGGGUAUCUCGCCCAUGGGACAGCAACAGAUUAUAUGUUUGAUGUUGCGAGGGUUCCCAUGGCUUUUACCUUCGAGAUUUACGGAGAUCCUAAAGCUUCCUCAAGCGACUGUUUCAAAAUGUUCAAUCCUGUAGACAUCACCUCCUUCAAUAGAGUUUUGAAUGACUGGUCGGCUGCAUUCUUCAAGAUGUUCAACAUAGGCGUGAUGCAGAUGGAUGGGCUUCAGACAAAGGCAAUCGCUUCCAGUUUUGACAAUUGGGUAUCGAUAGAUGACUACCUUAAUGGAUAUUUAAUGCACAGGAAAAGUAGAUACGGCAAAAAAAUGGAAGUUCUUGACCUUGGACUCCAGGAGAUAAGGACGUAUUUCAGGUUGUUCUUGUUGUCUUCAGUGCUCUUACUGUUCAUGUUCUGCACAAGAAUUUCCAAGAGCACUAGGCCCAUUGUUGCCUCCAUGUCUCUGUGA